GGCUGGCUUAGUGGAAUUGGAAAUUCCACCUCUUUUAAAUAAAAUAUGGAAGAGGAGAGGGAGCUCCUCUCACUGCGUUUGCUUCGUUGGGUUUCAUGGAACGCAGUCCAAAUAUUCGGUAAAAUGUCACAAUGAGUAGGGAUUCUGCUGUAGGGUUUAAUGGACCUCGUCCAUUCUCUUCCUCCGUUGUUUUUGGCUUGCAAGCUCAUUUUCCUCCACGUUAGUGCAUUUGGUUCAAUGGACACGUUUCUUCAGUCUGCAGUGUUCAAAAGUAGGCUACUAUUGUCAAUGUUCGUUGGUGAAGAAGACAAGAAAUAUAGUUUACUUGUCAAAAGUCUUAGCUCUUUUCUAGGUUAAAAAUAUGACCAAAUCCCACAUAAGUUUCACUUCAAUGAAGAUUACAAAACCAGAAUGGAUUUUCGAAAGUUGUUCCUGCAUUCUUCUCUUCUAGUCCUCCAUUUCGCAUUUUCUUCUUCCAAAGACACCAUAACUAUAAACCAAACCAUUCAUGAUGGUGACUUUCUGAUCUCUAGAGAAAAUAAUUUUGCAUUAGGAUUCUUUAGCCCCGGAAGUUCCAGGUUUAGAUAUCUUGGAAUCUGGUUCCGUAAAGUCCGAGAGCAAACUGUAGUGUGGGUAGCAAAUAGGGAUGAUCCAAUCAAUGGUUCCUCGGGAGUUCUAUCAAUUGACCAAUAUGGAAAUCUCGUUCUCCAUAGCUACCAUAACUUGAAGGUUCCUGUAUGGUCUACAAAUGUCUCAGUGGAGGCUACAGAUACUUGUGUUGUAGCUCAGCUCUUGGAUACAGGAAAUUUGGUUUUGUUCGACGAUAGAAGUAAAAGUACUGUGUGGGAAAGCUUUGAUCAUCCUACGGAUACUAUGCUGCCAGGAAUGAAACUUGGGUUGGACCGAAGGACAGGCAUGAACCGGUUCCUGAUAUCUUGGAGAUCAGCAGCUGACCCCGGAACUGGAAACUUCUCACUUCAGAUCAACCCAAAAGGAUCACCACAGGUCUUUAUCUACUGGGGUACAAAAUAUAUUUGGCGAGGCUUUCCUUGGCCCUGGAAAUAUUAUGCAUAUAUAUUCAAUGCUAGUUUUGUCAACAAUCAAAAUGAGACAUAUGCGGCAUACUCUGUUUCUGAUGCUUCCGCUAUCCUAAGGUUAAUGUUGGACUAUUCAGGACUUCUCAAGAAAAUAAUUUGGCAAGAAAAAGAUGGCAAAUGGAAUGAAUUCCAGUCGACGCCAAGAUCUCCAUGUGAUCCAUAUGGGCAUUGUGGUACCUAUGGAAUAUGUGAUCCUGAAUUUCUUAGUCGAAGAUUUGAAUGUGAUUGUUUACCGGGGUAUGAACCCAAGUCCCCAAGGGACUGGCAUAUUCUAAAAGAUGCAUCAGGCGGGUGUGUCAGGAAGCGGCUAGAGUCUACCUCAUUAUGUGGCCAUGGGGAAGGAUUUGUGAAAGUGGCAAAUGUUAAAGUACCUGACACUUCAGCAGCAGUUUGGGUAAGCAUGAAUAUGAGUCCAAGGGACUGUGAAAGGAAUUGCAGGAGGAAUUGUUCAUGCUCUGCAUAUGCAAGCAUAGAUAUUGCUGGGAAGGAGACUGGCUGUUUGACAUGGUAUGGCAAAUUGAUGGACACUGCACACGAUAGGGAAGAGGGAAAUGAUAUUUAUGUUCGUGUUGAUGCAGUCGAAUUAGCUGAAAUUGCCGAAAAAUGGAAUGGUUUUCUUAAAAGGAAGGAUAUGUUAGCCAUUUUAGUAAUAUCUGUUGUUUCAGCUUGGUUUGUCAUCAUCUUGUUUACAUAUUUGUGGCUCAAGAAGAAGAAGAAAAGGGUGAGGAACAAAUGGAACAAAAGGUGGCUUGAUACAAUUGGCACAGUGGAAAAUCAAGUCGAAGGUAGCAUGAGUCAUCCAGAGAUUGCUUUUUUCAAUCUGAGCACUAUACUUGCUGCAACUAACAGUUUCUCUCCAGCUAACAAACUAGGGCAAGGUGGUUUUGGUGUGGUUUAUAAGGGUAAAUUGUCUAAUGGAAAGGAAGUUGCUGUGAAAAGACUUUCAAAAGAUUCAGGGCAAGGAAUAGAUGAAUUUAAAAAUGAAGUUUUAUUGAUUGCAAAACUUCAACAUCAGAAUUUGGUGAAACUCCUAGGAUGUUGUAUCCAGGGAGAGGAACCGAUGCUAGUUUAUGAAUACAUGCCAAACAAAAGCUUGGACUCCUUUCUUUUCAAUGAAACAAGAAGGUCAAUCUUGGAUUGGAGAAAACGCUUUGAUAUUAUCGUUGGGAUUGCUCGUGGAAUCUUAUAUAUUCACCAAGAUUCUAGGUUGAAAAUUAUCCAUAGAGAUCUAAAAACCAGCAAUAUCCUAUUGGAUGAAGAAAUGAAUCCAAAAAUUUCAGAUUUUGGCCUAGCUAGAAUCUUCAAAGGCGACCAAACUCAUGAGAAGACAAACAGAAUAGUUGGAACAUUUGGGUACAUGUCUCCAGAAUAUGUGGUAUUUGGAAAGUUUUCAACGAAAUCUGAUGUCUUUAGUUUUGGCAUCAUAUUAUUAGAGAUUAUUACAGGGAAAAGGAACAAUAGCUUUUAUCAAGAGGAUUUUUACCCAAGCAUGAUAGGAAAAAUAUGGCAUUUAUGGAGAGAAGAGAGAGCAUGGGAGAUGGUUGAUUCAUCACUAAAGCAUUCUUGUUCUCCUGAUGAAGUAUUGAGAUGCAUCCAAAUUGGGCUCUUAUGCGUGCAAGAAGAUAUAAUGGAAAGACCGACCAUGUCAGCUGUCGUUCUAAUGUUAAAUAGCGAAAUUAGUCUUCCUUCUCCUAAGCAACCUGCAUUCACUUUCAGAAAGUCUAGUAUUAUUAGUUCUAGCUCAUUAGAACCAAAAGAAAGAUUUUGUUCUGUGGAUGAGGAGACAAUUACUGAGGUUGUAUGUCGUUGAAUAUCUCUCUCCUCAAUUACAUAAAUUUUUAGCAUAGAGAUUCAAAAUAUGCUUCUUCUGAUAUUAUUAUUUUUUUUGUUUAGACUUAAUUCGUCAUGAAAUUGAAUCCAAAACACAAAUAUAUGUGAAAUUUAUAUAA